AUAAAACUUUUAAUUUACAGUUAUAAAAAGUUUCUACUUUUUCAAUGCGGUAAAUUGAUGUGUGCAUUUCGAUAGAAGGAUCGUGUUGAACAUGGCUGAAGAAAUCUUAGCAAAUAUGGAAGUCAAAAAUAUUUCCGCUACAUUCAAUUUAGGAAUGGAGGUCGAUCUGUUCUAUAUUUACUGUCGCACACGCAAUUCCGAGUAUAGUCCCCGAGACUUUCCGGGGUUACGAAUGCGCAUGCGGAUACCUGUUUCUUGUGCAUUGAUAUUUAAAUCCGGGAAAGUGAAUGUGGUUGGAACGAAGAAUGAGGCUGAUGCUCGCCUUGCGUCUCAUAAGUAUACUAAGCUUUUGCAGAAAAUUGGCCUUAAUGUUGUUUUUAAAGACUAUAAAUUGAAUAAUAUAGUAGCAACUAUUGAUGUUCGCUUCCCCAUAGAAUUGGAAGAAUUAAAUAGGAGGCACAUGCAGUUUACAAGUUACGAACCAGAAGUGUUUGCAAGUUUAUCAUAUCGUCUUCCGAAUAUGGUUUUUAAUAUUUUUGCUAGUGGUAAAUUGGUAGUGACUGGUGCGAAAUCGCGUGAAGCUAUUAAGGACGCCUUUGAAUAUAUUUACAAGGCUUUGGUUGCCUUAAAAGAGAUAAAAUAG